AUGUAUUUGACUUCAUCUACCAUCCAUCCACCUCCCACUACAGACAACAGAAUCUCAUCAACCAUCAUUCCAUCACCUGAAACAACAACAGAUGACAGAUUCCCAUACACCAUCAUUCCGGAUUUGACGACAGACAACAGAAUCUCAACCACGAUGACUCCACCACCUACUACGACAGAUGACGACAGCAUUUUUUGCCUCAGUCCUGGCAUGGUGGCCUCUCCCAUCCUCACUGUCCUGCUGGCGUUGAUCCUUCUGCUGUCAUAAUGUACACCUCUCAUAUAAAUCUUCUAUCUCUGCAUAGGCAGCGAAAAUGAUUAGAAAUUUCUCCCAGCUAUGCAUAUAUGUUAUAAUGGCAUUGCAAGUUGACAUUUUGUCCUAAAAUUGUGAAAUCUGGGAAGCUGUGUAUUACCUUAAGAAAUCAGCGUAAAUAUAUUGUUGAGUAGAAACCGAACUUGUAGCUUCUAUUCAACAAUAUUUGGUGAUGGGACUUCAUUUUUAUUAAACUUUUACGUGCACA